AUGCUUGGAGGUCUACAUAGACAUGGAGCGUAAGGUGAUCAAGAAAUAGAAAUAAUUCUUUAAGGAAACGAGGAUGAUUAAGAAGGCUUAGAUUAGGCUGAUAAAAAUGAUAGUGGAGAAGAUCAAAAUUCAACUCAUAAGCGAAAGAAAAGAAUUUUGAAGUUUAAUGAGAGUUAAGGAGAAAAGACUUUAGACAAACCAGAAAAUUUAAAUGUUGUUCAAUUUGACACAGAGCUUAUGAUCGAUCCUCUUUUCAAACUGACAACCUAGAAAUUUGACGAAAUGAGCCUUGGUGCAUUGAUGACGAGCAGGUUAAAUAUUAACUCUGAAUUACUCAUCUAAUUUGACAGUCAAAUGCCGCAAAAUCUAUUUUAAUAAGAAGAAUACUUAAACUAGAAUCAUAACAAAAACAAUUCUCCUAGCUAUUGUGGGAUGCUAUCAAAUGUAAUUAGUAAAAACUUCAAUGCUUAAAUUGUCACCUCAGAUAAAACAGGUGCGAUGAGUAGAAAUCUUGAUUCUUACAUAAUUAUGUAGGAUCAUUUCAUCAAUAAAAUAAUUAAAGGAGAUACUGAUGAUAACUAAGAAUAUAGAUAAUAUCAAUAAUAGCAAGAUUAUACCUCCAAUAGAAACUCUAUUGGCCCUAUGGACUAAGUUCAUUAGCAUUCAGGAAACAUAUAGGAUUAUAAUGUGGAUGGAUUCCAAGGGUUUGAUCAGGCAAAUGAUGAAAUGAAUGAGAUGCCUCGAUCCCCAGAAAAAGAUAAAAGCAUUAUCGAAUUAGCUGAUAAUGAUUAUAACCUUGACACUAAUCCAAAUCAAGAUUCAGUUUACUUCGUAUCCUAGAAAUCAAUAUUUCCAUCAGGUUCUAAUAGAGAUGAAUUAUUGAAUUGCUCAUAAGUGUCAGUAGAUUACAUGCAAAGACUUCCAGAUUCACUAGAUAGCUCAAGAGAUAAUGGAGCAAGUGAUGAUGAAGAAAAGCUAAAUAUGUUCAUGUCAUGUGACCUUGAAAAUUUAUUUUAGUCGACUAAGGGAUCAAUGAUAUCUAGCUCUAAAAACUCAAGUAAAUCAAAACUCUAGUAAUCACAGAUGUCAUAGAAAAAUUCUCAAGUGCCUGCUUAAUAAAUGAAAAUUGGCGAUGGAAAUUCAUUGAAAAACUAGCUUGCAUUAUUAACAACGAGAGAUAUAACUUAGCUUGAUAUAAAGAAAGUUUAAGCAUUCACAGAAGUUAAUAAAGAAAAUAUUGAUCCUCAAAUCCAUAUUGACUUUUAGAACAAAAAUUAAAAGAAUUUAAAAAUACUAAAAAAAGAUCAAAUUGAAUAAUAAAAAGUAUCAAUACUUAAUGGCUUAAAUCUGAACAAUGAUUUUUCUGUGUCUAAAUUUGGUAAAUAACUCACAUAAUAAAGAAAAAUUAGACAAGGCAAAAAGUUAAGAAGAUUUAAACAUUUGACUUGGGACAAUAUAAUUGAGGAAAAGGAAAGGCACAUUGUUCCACUAAAUUUAAAUAUUGGAUUCUAAAGACUGACACAGCUAUUCGGAAGAUCCCUCUAUAUAAAAUACUUUAUCAAGAAUAUGGAUAAAGAUAAGAUUAAAGAGUACUUAAGCCAUGGAAACAGAAUGGAUGGAAUGAAUUAGAAUAUGGAUCAAGAAAUGAACGGCUAAGAAAUAGGCUAUGAUGAUUUAAACAAUUAAUAAGUUGAGCUUGGGUUUGAAGAUGCAUAAUUAGCAGAUGGCUUUGCUGCAAAUAUGUAUUAAGGAUUUGAUUAGAAACCAAAAAAUAUCUUUCACGAUGUCAGUGAUGGAGGAUUGAUAACUAGAUUCGGAAUGUAGGGAUCAAACUAAGAGAGAGAUGAAAUAAAAGUAGACUUAUUUAGAAUUUAAAAGAAAAUUGAUGUCAAAAAACUUAAAUAACAAUUGUGGGAUUAUAUAGACCCAGUCGCUGAUUAGAUGAAUGCAAUAAAGAAACAUGUAGUAACAUAUGAGUAAAAUGUCAAAAAAUCUAAGAGAUAAAAGAAUAAUCCAAAUUAUGAAGAUGACGAUGAGAUUGAUGGCCUCAAAUUAAGCUAGGUAAUGAGCAAUCUCUAUGGUUCUAGAUAAGUGGAUGCAGAAAAUGUUUCAAUUCAUUCUGCUUUCAUUUGCUUGCUUCACAUUGCGAACGAAAAAGGUAAUAUAGUUAAAUAGUUAAUUUAUUUUAUAGGAUUAAUAUUGGAGCCUGAAGAAGAAAUUGACUUGGAAAUUUUCAAAGCAAUUAGAGUUUGA